AUGGAUGGAGAUUCUGGUGAAAUUUCUUUAACCAAACCAAUCAACAAUAAUAGCCCAUUCCAACGUGGGCAACUGGAUGUAUUUGAGGUGAAUGACAUCCUCAGUCUGGGAAAACUUAGCAAAUUACGAAUUUGGCACAAUAAUAAAGGAAUUGGAUCAGCCUGGCACUUGUCAUUUAUUGAAGUUGUGGAUGAAAAAACUGGCAGGGUUUAUACUUUUGACUGUGACAAAUGGCUAUCAAAGUCUGAGGAUGAUGGACAGAUUAUCCGUGAACUUACCUGUUUUGAAGCUGCACCUCCGAGUGUUAAGAAAAAAACAGAAUAUUCCAUACAAGUGAUUACAACAGACAAGAAAGAUGCUGGGACAAUACACAAUGGAUGGUUAAUACUUGAGGGUGAAAACAAAAUUUCCAAAGUAUUUCAAAUGGUUAACAGUUCUCAGCAAAAAAUACUUCGUAGAGGUAACCAUGAUUAUUUCACCUUUACAAAUGAACCUCUUGGUUGGCUACAGGCUUGCAUUGUAGGUGUUGUUCAGCACAAAAAUGGUGGAAAUAAUUCAAACAGAGAAAACAAAUGGCACUGCAGUGAGAUUUGGGUCAUUGACCAAACAGAUGGAACUAAAUAUACUUUUAUUUGCAAAAACUGGAUUCAAGUGUCAAGCAAAAUUUCCAUAAAUGAUGCAAUUAGACUCAAAGUGACAAACAUCGAAGAAGAUCAAGUAUCACUGAUCCGAAAACUUGAUACGAUGAAAUAUGAAGUCCAUGUUUUCACUGGGAAUGAGAAGAAUUCCGGAACCAAUGCAAAUGUUUUCCUUACCAUUUUUGGAAAAAAUGGAGAUACAGGAAAACGUCCACUGAAACAGAGAUUCCGUGAUUUAUUUGAGAGAAAUCAAAUGGAUUCGUUUAUAAUUGAAAGUAUUGAUCUUGGUAAGUUGACAAGUAUAUUGAUUGAACAUGACAAUAGUGGCUUCCAUCCAGGUUGGUUUCUUGAGCACAUUGAGAUAACCAAUGCAAAGGAGACUACCAUUUUUCCUUGUCACAGGUGGUUGGAUAAAGAAAAACAAGAUGGACAAAUAGCUCGAACACUUUUACCACAAUCAGAUUAA